GCGCAUGCUCAGUGCAGUUCACCACAGGAAGUGGAUCCGUCUGACGCUGCUCUGUUCAGAGGAGCAGACUUCCCGCUGACUGAGACCAACCGAGGCAGAGACACCACAACAUGUCCGGAACCGACCACAACCCGUUCGCGGAACCCGGAGGAGACCCGAACCCGUUUAAUGACCCAUCGGUGACCCAGGUAACCCAUUCCUCCAUGGACCCGGUGGACCAGUACAACCCGUUCCCUCCUCAGUCUUCAGACAGUUUAGCCACUCAUACGACUCCAUAUCAGCCUGCAGUCCUACAGCCGUCCACAGAGCCCAGCCCACAGGCGGCUGCUGCUGCAGCUCAGGCCAAUCUGCUGAGGCAGCAGGAGGAGCUGGAGAGGAAAGCUGCAGAGCUGGACCGCAGAGAACAGGAGCUGCAGAACCGAGGACCCACCGGUAAAGAGAACAACUGGCCUCCUCUGCCCAAAAGUUUUCCAAUCAAGCCUUGUUUCUAUCAGGACUUUUCUGAGGAGAUCCCCCUGGAGUACCAGAGGGUCUGUAAGAUGAUGUACUACCUCUGGAUGUUUCACUGUGUGACUCUGUUCCUGAACCUCCUGGCCUGUUUGGCCCAGUUCAUCAAGGCUUCGUCCUACGGCGUCAACUUCGGUCUGUCCAUCCUCUGGCUCAUCCUGUUCGCUCCCUGCUCCUUCCUCUGCUGGUACCGACCCGUCUACAAGGCCUUCAAGACUGACAGCUCCUUCAGUUUCUUCUUCUUCUUCUUCGUGUUCUUCUGCCAAGUGGCCAUCUUCACCAUCCAGGCCGUGGGCAUCCCCAGCUGGGGCAACAGCGGUUGGAUCACGGCUUUCACCAUGAUUCGGGCUGACACGGCGGUCGGAUGCAUCAUGAUCGUGGUGGCGAUCCUGUUCACCAUGUGUGCAGUUCUGUCUGUGGUCCUCCUGAAGAUGGUCCACAGUAUGUACCGUCGGACCGGGGCCAGCUUCCAGAAGGCUCAGCAGGAGUUUUCUCAGGGCGUCUUCAGUAAUAAGGCGUUUCAGAGCGCCGCCGCCGGGGCAGCGUCCUCCGCCGCUCAGGGUGCCUUCCAGGGAAACAACUGACGCACCGAAGGGGGCGGGGUCUGGGGGAUGUCAGGUGACCACAGCGACUACAGCCGGUCGGGGAGCGGCAGCGAACGUCAGACCUGAUGGCGUCCAUUAGACCUGCUGCCGCGGCGUCCAAUCAGACGGCUGGGUUCUCCGUGUGUUUCAGCUUUUGUAUAUUCGGGCGCUUUGUGACCGUUCCUCAGCGUUUGUUUGACAUUUGGGCAAAAUGAAGUUUGUGAAUGUUUGAUCUUAACAUUUCUACACUGACUUUAAAAAGAGGAAGGAACACAAUCAAAGGGUUGAUCCGUUUCUUCUCUGUCCACAGCUCAUUUACUGAAACAUGUUUAUAUGAAGUGCGGUGCUCGUUUCUGCCUUUAGAUUUUCCAGUCAAUCAUCCACAGAAAAUCAUCCUUUGUUCAUUUCAUCUGAUUCAAAAUAACAGUGAAAAACAGUCCAUACAGGCCAUGGAUGAGGUGGGGGUCAGUACGGUGGGGGUCCCAGUUAAAGUCUGAAGAGGAAGUGUGAGGUUUAGGCCUUAAAACAGGGCGGUCCAAUGCAGCCCAGUCUGAACUGGAUCUGAUCUGCAACCUGAUCUACAGUCUGAGCUGGAAUGGGCCACAUCAGUCAAAUAAUAACAUAAUGAUUAAAAAAAAGUAGUGACAACUCCACACUUUCUAUGUCUAACUUGUGUGUUUUAGAGAGAAAAAAAGUACAAUUAUAUUAUGAAAAUGUUUACAUCUACAAACUACCCUUUAAGAAAUGUACACAACCAUGAACAAACUAAAAUUUAUUAAGAAAAAUAUGUAAUUGUAC